CGUUUGGCGCUCUCUCUGUCUCUCUCCUCGCGCAGGUCCCUCCUCCUUUCCUCCUCCAAAAUAAAUAGCCCCUCCUUCUUCCCACAGUCGUGCUUCCAUCAACAAAUUAGACAGCUCCACGUUCACCUUGCUUUUGCUUCCGGGCAUCCCCUCUAUUCUCUCUGUCCUCUUUUCUUUUUAUUUAAUUUAAUUUCCCCGUCUUUUCUUCUCCCUUGAUUUAAAAAAAAUGGCUCUCAAGGCCGUCCACGUCUCUGACGUCCCGAAUCUCGAUCAGGUGCCGGAAAACGCCUCUCUGGCGCUCUACUCCUCCCGCUUCCCCAAAGGUGUGGAGAUGAAUCGGGGGGCACCGAGGAUACCCAAGUUUCUAGUGAUCGGACACAGAGGGAACGGAAUGAACGCGCUACAGUCGUCCGAUCGGAGAAUGAGAGCCAUUAAAGAGAACUCCAUCAUGUCCUUCAACGCCGCCGCCAGCUUCCCCAUCGAUUUCAUCGAAUUCGAUGUUCAGGUAACCAAAGAUGACUGCCCGGUCAUUUUUCACGAUGACUUCAUCUUCUCCGAAGAAAACGGUACUGUGUUUCAGAGGAGAAUUACCGAACUGUGUCUUUCGGAAUUCCUAAACUAUGGUCCGCAAAGAGAGCCAGGGAAGGAGGGAAAGUCGUUGUUAAGGAAAACCAAAGAUGGUAAAAUAGUAAGAUGGGAUGUCGAAAAUGAUGACCCCCACUGCACACUCCAAGAGGCCUUUGAGCAGGUCGAGCCUUCCCUCGGCUUCAACAUCGAGUUGAAAUUCGAUGAUUACAUUGUUUACCAGGAGGACUCUCUCUUCCGCGUCCUUCAGUCCGUCUUGCAAGUGGUGUUUGAGUAUGCCAGAGAUAGGCCGGUCAUUUUCUCAAGCUUCCAACCUGAUGCGGCCUUGUUGGUUAAAAAGUUGCAGAACACCUACCCUGUCUUUUUCUUGACAAAUGGUGGGAAUGAGCUUUACUAUGAUGUGCGAAGGAAUUCUUUGGAGGAGGCGAUAAAAGUAUGUUUGGAGGGUGGUUUGCAAGGUAUUGUGUCGGAGGUUAAAGGCGUUUUCAGAAAUCCCGGGGCACUAACCAAGAUCAAGGAGGCCAAGCUUUCACUCCUAACUUACGGCAAAUUGAACAACGUGCCGGAAGCAGUAUACAUGCAACACCUAAUGGGGAUCGAGGGAGUGAUAGUGGAUUUUGUGAAGGAGAUAACGGAGGCAGUGUCGGAUAUGAUUAAGCCAUCAGGGGGGGCGGAGGAAGACGGGAGCAUAAUGCAGGAGAAGUCAAAGCCGGAGUUCUCACAGAGGGAGCUUUCUUUUCUAUUGAAGUUGAUUCCGGAGUUGAUACAGCUUUGAGGUCGAUCUUUUGAAGAAUUUGUAUCUCCUUUGUAAAAUUAAAUUAGGGGGCAGAAGCAAUAUCUGCAUACUCAGGAAUCAGGUUGUGGAGGCUGUCGCAUCAUAGAUGCACUAUUGUUGUACAUAUAAUUUAGUCUUGAGGGUCACAACCCUAUACACGUAAGUUGUGCGCUCCUCCUUUAUGUAUCUCAGAGGUAACCAAGUUUUAUGUUGUUUUA